AUGAAUAUUGAAACAACAAACACAGCAACAACACAACUGUUGAAUGAAUAUUACCAAAUCAGCACUCAAGCCAUACCAACACAGAGAGUCAAGUCUGAAUGGCAGGAUGACAACAAACGAGGUUUCUUCUUGGGCAUCAUCCAAGAGGGAGAAACCUCACACAUCACUCGACUGCACAACCUGCUGACUGCCAACCAAUUUGCAGAGCAGCAGGAAUUCUCAACCAAGAUCCAGUUGGCAGACCCAAAACAUCAUUGUACAUUCAUUGAUGACAUGUUUGGGUAUUACAUACUGCCAUUCCACAAAGACUACAACGAUUCAUCCAGCUGGCACACUCCGGUUUCAUCAAACCCAACAUCAAGAACCAACUCUGCUGAUGAUCUGGACUAUGCUGCAAAAUUGUCCUUGCAAGGAGCACACAUCAUAUCCCAAAAGAACAUUGGAAUGGCAUACAACAAACCAUCCAUCUUGCUACGAUCUGGUUUGACACAGAAACAUCAAAUACAGAACGGACUGUUGUUGUGUAUCAAGUGCCAUGACCAAUUUGGUAAACUAAAGCAAUAUGUGGAUGUAGUGGAUGACAAACUGGUGAUCAAAGUGAUCAAUGAGACGAAUGAUCUGACAAGUGACAAGCACAAGAAGUGGAUUGAGACAAUUGAAGAUUUGAAAGUUAUCCGCAGAACAAGGCAAAAGAGAUGGAUUGACAAUCGACAAACAGUCGAAUCCAACAGUGAAAUGACAUUGUAUUUCAUUCACAACAAUCUCACUCGACUACCAAACAGGAACGCACUAGAGUUACACAAGACAACAUGUCUCAUUUGGCGUAUGGCUGGUGGUGUAGAAUCUGAUGAUGAGUAUUGUCCAUAUGAUGAUGAUGGCUGCACUCCUGUGGAUUACCAGAAUUCCAGUGAUGAUGAUGUUGCUACCAAUGAUCGUGGAACUGAUAGUGCAGUCUUUUUACACUUUGGUGAGACAACUCGGUAUCAUGUCAAUCAUGUCCAUCGUUGUGGAAAUCACUUGUUAAUCUACUCUGAAUGA